AUGUUCUCAAAGCCUAUCUAGAGAUUAUAAACAUCUUCAGUUGUCCUUAGGGAAUCUAGAAGAGGUUUCGCUGUCAAUGAGAAACAAAUCAAAAUGAGAAUGAAGUCUGUCAAGUCUAUUGAGAAGAUCACCAAGGCCAUGAAGAUGGUCGCUGCAUCUAAAAUGAGAGGUGAACUUACUAGACUCGAAGCUGGUAAGAGGUUUGGCUUUAACUCAGUUGAUAUGGUCUUCAAGAGCGACUCAUAUCUUCAAAGAAAGGCUCCAGUUCAAGACAUGCACGACUCAUCAGAGUAUAUCAUUCCACUUACCUCAGACAGAGGUCUUUGUGGUGGUAUCAACUCCAACAUCGUUAGGGAAAUUAAGGGAUAUGUAAAGGACAAAAACAGAUCAAAAAUUAGAAUCAUGCCCGUAGGAGAGAAGGGAUCUAUGGCUAUGAUUAGACCAUUCCCAGAUAUGUUGAAGAUGUCAAUCUCAGAUAUUGGUUCCCCAUGCAAUUACCCAACAAUUAUGGCUAUUUCUGACUAGGUUAUGAGAGACAGUGAAGGCUACGACAAAAUUGUUGUUUAUUACAAUGAAUUCAAGUCAGCCAUUUCACAAAUUAUUAGAAGAAUGGAACUAAUGCCAAGAAAGAGAUUCCUUGACACUAUGAAAUUCGCUAGACUCUACAACCAAAAACUCCCAGAUAAGAACACCAGCAACCCAGCUCUCUAUGAACUUUACUUGACUUCAAACCUCUGGAUCGCCUUCCUCAACAAUGCUGCUUCUGAACAAAGCGCAAGAAUGAAUGCUAUGGAGAACGCUUCCAAAAACGCAAGAGAAAUCGUCGAAAAGCUCAACUUGCUCUAUAACAAAGCUAGACAGGCUAGAAUUACCAUGGAGUUGGUCGAAAUUAUCUCUGGUGCCUCAGCCUUAUGA